AUGACGGUAGAAACGGAAACGGUCAGGUCAAUCCCCCAGGCGCCGAUAGGUUUGGUACAGGGGGAACGCAUUAUCCCAGGUCGCGCAGAGCCCAGCGGCAGUUUGCGCCUGAAAGCGAGCAACGAAACCAUUAGACCGAAGAAGGACAAGAAGAAGACUAUCCGUAAGGCACCUUCUAUUGUUUCUGGCACUGCAUCCUCGAAAGCGGACAUUUUCGAAGCAAAGGUCGCCAGCGCCGUCGAUGAAGCCAACUCGUCCGACUCCGACGAAACCUUCGUUUACGAGUCGAACCCCCCCGAUACCCAGCCACACGUUCGCCACCACUCUCGUACCCCAAGCGUCAACUCGAUGGCGAGCUUGGCAGAGACAUCACGCGGCGGUUUCCGCCCUGUUCUCCAGGCAGAGCCACAUCGCAGCAUUGCCGGAAAGAGAAGUAUGAAAUUCGCUAACGUCCCUUACUAUAAUUCCAACCUUGAGGACGAUACGUACGACCGGCCCGACGGCUCGAUGAGAAGCAACCACACUAGGCCCAGUGGAAGCCACUCCGUACACCAUCACCACAUCGGUCGCUACGGGCGCAACAACAUGGUCUCAGGAUUGUUUGAGGAUGCGGCGCUGCCACAGCCAAAGAGUCGCAGUGCAUCCGGUUAUGCGUCGCGACACGGAUCCGCUCCAUCCAGCCCUAAAUUUCCUCACUAUGCCACUCGCCAUGGCAUUCCUACCAGCAGGAAGAUUGGCGAACUGUCAGCGUACGACAUGGACGGUGAGGGGGCAGAUGACGAAAGAACGCCCCUGAUUGGCACGGUCCGCAGCUCUCGCAACCGCACACUGCGCCCGCGCCCCAACAGUGCGAGUCUGCGACACCUCGACCAUUACGAACGCAGUCGCGGUGGCUGUCUCAGGCAGUUCGCCGGGUGUUUCGUACUGACGAUCAUGGUCCUGUUGCUCGCUUUCGGAGCCGUGGGUUUCCUCUUCGCCACGACGAAGCCGCUCCGCAGCGUCCAGGUCCGGGAGAUUCAGAAUGUGCUUGCGAGCGAGCAGGAAAUUAUGCUGGAUCUGCUUGUCGAAGCCAUUAAUCCGAACAUUGUGGCCGUCACCAUUGCCGACAUGGAUGUUAACAUUUUCGCCAAGAGCAAGCACGUGGGCACGGACAGCUGGUGGCGCGAACACGACGGCCUGGAGGCUCGCAGCGAAGGACCCUCGGAAAGCCGCGGUCGUCGCCAGCGCAAAUCGAUUCGAUCGAUUUCCAGCGGUGGCGGUGAGCAAGAUGCCGAUUCUCCUGUCCACGCGCUCGACGACGACCCGCACGACCCCGUUGAAGAUCCCUCCGGCGACUCACAAACGAUGCUGCUGGGACGAAUUUUCCACUUCGACUCGCCCCUGCUCUUCGAGGGCGACCCGCUGCAGCGACGCCCCCACUCGAGCAUUGGCGAGUUGCGACUGCAGAAGCCAGGCAACAAGACGGAAGCGGGCGGUACGGAGCGCUGGGAGCGCGUGAUCCAAUACCCGUUCGAGCUCAUCGUGCGUGGCAUCCUGCGCUACCAGCUUCCUCUGUCGAGCAGCACCCACACGGCGCCCAUUGGCGCCAGCGUCAUCGUGCACCCCGAGAAGGGCGUCGGCGAGAGCGGUCACAUGUGGAUUGAGCCUAUUCCGUUUGUGGCAGCGGAGGAGGAUGACUCGGAGUGGGUCGAGGUGGAGGUGGUGCCCGUGAGUGUGGAGAAGGGGUCGUCGAUGGUGGAUCCGCCCCCGCCCCCGCGUCCGGCGACAGAUGCAUGA